GUUCUUUCAAACGUAUCUGUCCAAUGCUUUCGUUCAUCCUGGUAGAUUCUCAGCUGACCUUAGUGACCGAAAGUUAAUUCCGUUAAAAUGACAAAAAUAGAGUUACUGAGAGCGUAUCUCAACCAGAGACUGGUAGCAGCAGCUGAGGAGAUAUUUGGCGUGGUUGAAAAAACGAUAGUAGGGUUCCAGGAAGAAGUUUCUCGCACAAAGGAAGAGAACAGCCGAUUACGGAGCAUGUUGGAUAUCGUGAUUAAACCAGAGAUACGAUUACACAGAAUAGACCUUGAACAGCCCACUGUCCCUCUACCUGAAGAGCAGGAUCCUUUUGAGCCAGAGCACUGUGAUGUGGAGUGGAGCCCUAGUCAGGGGCAGGUGGACCCACAGCCCACAUGGAUUAAAUCAGAACCAAAUGAGCCAGAGUCAUCUUUGAAAAAUGCCUACAACCACCAGGAAUCGACUCUGUUUUCUCUUUAUGAAAACGAAAUGGAUGACUAUAUUGAGAAUUACUGUCUACCCAGCACUUCAACACAAAAAAGUAACUGCCCUUUACCCAGCAGCUCUUGUCAACAGAGCACAUUUCAGAUAAAAACAGAAUCUGAUGUAGACAACAAUGAAGAAUCAGAACAUACCAGUAAAUCUGAGCCACUCUCUGCCACAAGUAGGCCUACAGUGUCUUCUGCAGGUCAUAGUGAAAACAAUGAAAUUGUCAAUGGGACGGAGAGUAGAUCUCAUUCAGAUUCAAAACCACUCAAAUCGAAGAGAUCACAAUCAAAGAGAUUACAGACCGUAAGAAAACAAAGUAUCUAUAUCCGCUGUAAAUUUUGUGGAAUGUAUUUUUCCUAUGUAGCGUCUUUAGUGAAUCAUGCCAGAAAACACGCCCAGGACAAUGAGUCCCUGUGUGGGGUGUGCGGCAUCCAUUCAGAGUCCACUGAGCGUAUGCUGGAUCACCUUGAAUCCCACGUAGGAGCUAGAGUUUGUCAUGUUUGUGGCAAAUUUUUCUCAGGGAAUACAGAGUUGAAUGAUCAUAUGAAGAUUCACCCAGGGGAGAAGUCAUUUCGCUGUCCUGACUGUGGCAAGUGUUUCAGAAAAAACCCUGACCUCACAGCGCACAAGCGUGUCCAUACAGGGGAGAGGCCGUACCGCUGCCAGUUCUGUGGCAAAGGAUUCACUCAAAGUGGAAACCUGGCCGUGCACAUGAAAAGCCACUCUGGGGAAAAACCACACUGCUGCCCGUUAUGUGGCAAGCACUUCAGCAGUAAGUCUUAUAUGACUACACACAUGAAGAUUCAUUCAGGGGAGAGGCCGUUUUGCUGCCGAGUUUGUGGCAAACGUUUCAUAAGGAAUCCUGAUCUGACAGUUCACAUGCGGGUCCAUACGGGGGUAAAACCGUAUCUGUGCAAGUGUUGUGGACAAGCUUUUACACAGAGUUAUCAUCUAAAACUGCACAUGAAUAUCCACUUGAGAGAAACCAAAUCGGUGCCAUCUUAGUGACAUGGACAUUGAUUCAAUACUAUGUCUGGAGAUAUCACAUUGGAGGGAGAAGUAUCACUGCCCUACCUGCCACAGAUUUUGCAUGGACUGGAUGCUUGGCCAGACACAUGGAAAAGCACAAGAUACUGUAAGAACAACAUUGACCGUAGGGAGAAAACAAUGACCACUUGGACACUUGAGGGAAAACACACAAAAUCACCUUUAGGUUGUCCCAGGCUGGAGUUCCCACUUCAACUUAAUUUGCUCACUCACCGUCAAAAAAGCUUUGAGAGACUUGUCAUGCCCUUGAUCAAAGGCAGCAUGCCAGGAACAUUAGGUUACCUACGCUUUCCUUACAUAAUUAAUCAUAAUGAUUCUCUUACAGCAUAGCAUGGGCCGUAUUGGAGGAUGGGUUCUUAUACCAAGAGACAUAUUUUCUAAGUUAUAUUUUUAGGCAUUUUAUAUAUUUUCUUGGAUAUACAAAGAGGAGAAAUUUAGGAGAGGGUUUUUGUUUAAACCCAUACUGCAGUGGUAUAUGUGCACUAGAGGCAUCUGCAGUUUGUAUCUGCAAGGCAUCAGACUGCUAAACAUGUCUGGUCUGACCACUUACAACUGACUUUGCUCAUCUUAGCACACAUGCAGUUACACACGCACCCACACAAAAACAAUUCUCCUGUGCAAAUGGUUAUGUAAAUAAUUAAGGUAAGUACACUAUUUAUUAUCAUUUGUAUUGUUUGUAUUUGUUGCUGUAAUAUCUUUUCUUCUAGCAUUGGGAAGUAAAAAUAUUGUGGUCUGGUUUAUUUUGGCUUUGUUUUAUAUGACUAUUACAACUAAUAUUUAAUAAUGAAAAACCUAAUGACAACAUGACAGUCCCAUGUAUGGGAAGAGUUUUUCAGACAACACAGAGAAUUAAAACAUCUCAAUACCUCAUUCAAGCUUGUCAUUGUUUACUUGUAUGAAAUACAUCCAUCCCCUGAAUACAUUUUAGGAAUGAAAAUGUAGCAUUGGUUAUAACAAGAAGAAUAUUAUAUGUGUACUUUUUAACAUUUUGGGAAGCAAUGAUCUUCAGAUGUACAUUCUAAGGGGUGGUUUUGCAGACACAUGAAGCCUAGUCCUUAGUUUAAAAAUCAAGCUCAAUGGAGAAUCUCCAUGAGAAUGUAUUUUUAGUUUUAGAUUUGCCUUAACUGCAAAACCGUUUCUGCACAUUAUUGCUGGGAUUGUAUUUAACACUUACACUGAAGGAUUACAGAUUACGUUUUUAAUCUGAAAAAUGAAUGGUUGUAGGACGACAGAGGUUUUAAGUUAGUGUCCUGUCCUCAAAUGUCAUCUACCGGAGAACAACAACAUGCGUCUUCCGCUCCAGCAGAGGGCAAUAGCACAGAAUUAAAUAUAUUGUGCACGUAUAGGAUUGACAGCGCGCAUCGCGCUUUGUCUUGGUUAUGUUUAUGUUGGUAGCUUGAGAACUUAGCAGUCUAGCCAACUUCCAUUAUUUAAGAAAAUGUCUAAAAUUGAGUUAUUGAGAGUGUUUCUCAAUCAGAGAUUGAUAGCCGCAGCUGAGGAGAUAUUUGGCGUCGUUGAAGAGACGAUUGCGGAGUACCAAGAAGAGGUUUCUCGCACAAAGGAGGAGAACGGCCGAUUACGGAGCAUGCUGGAUGUCCGUACUAAACCAGAGAUAAUGUUACCGUUACACAGACGAGGCCUUGAACAGCUCACUGUCCCUGAGUCUGAUGAGGAGGAUCCAUCGGUGCAGCAGGAGUCCAGUUCAAGUCUAGUCCUGGACCUAAAGCCCACACACAUUAAAGAGGAACAGGAGGAACCAAGGACUAGUCAUCAUGAUGACUAUCAUGUCAAUGAGUUUAUCAAUUCUUACGGGUGUGUGACAAGGGAUUAUUGUCAGGAUCCAACUCAGUCAUUACACAGAACAAGAUACUCUGUACCAAGUACCUCAACUAAACAAUUUAAAACAGAACUCUAUGUGGAAAACAACAUUUUGUCAGAAGCAACUAAUGAGCCCUCGGCAGAAAAUGGAAAUGGCUCAGUAGCUCAGACUCAUAACAGAGGACAUGCUGUUUGGACAGAGAGUGGAGGACCUCUAUCUGGUGCAAAACUGCUCAAAACAAAGAGAACAAAGACCGCAAAAGGACAAAGUUCCCUUAUCAGUGUUAAGGACAGGAAAUCAUGCCAUCUGAAAUCAAAUUCAACACCAUGUGUAAGCUGGGAUGCUACUCCAAGUUGUAAGGUAUGUGGAAAGCAAUUAGACUCAAUGGCUUCUUUAUUAGAUCAUGUCCAAACACAUACACAGGAUAAAGAACGUCUUUGUGGUGUGUGUGGAAAAUUAUUUCAGUCCACAGAAACUAUGAUAGAUCACCUGCAAACUCACAAUGGAGCUAAGUGUUGUCAUGUUUGUGGUAAGUAUUUUGCCUGGGAUGCCUUCCUGAAAAGGCAUUUGCGAAGUCACACAGGCGAGAAACCGUUUCGCUGUCAUUAUUGUGGCAAAGGAUUUACUCAAUGUGGACACCUAAACUUACACAUGAGGAGCCACACAGGAGAGAAACCACAUCAGUGCCAGGAUUGUGGCAAAUGUUUCAGUCAGAACACUUCUCUAAUAGUGCACAUGAGGACGCACACUGGAGAGAAACCCUACAUGUGUCCAGUGUGCCGAAAAUGCUUUUCCACAUCAUCCAUGUUAAAGAGACAUCAGACUGCUGCGCACAAACAAAUAGGUACCAUGAGUGCAUCCAAUGGUGCAGCCCUAGAUUCAGUCCUUGGGGAAGCACAUUCGGAGGGUUUACCAGAAGGACAAAACCUGAUGAUACCAUUCACGGGGGAUGAGAAUCGGGGAGCAGACUGAGUAGCCAAAGAGGAGAUGCCCAUCCUCAGAACACUGUUCUCCGAUUUUCAAGGAUUGUUGGUCCCUAGUGUAACAGAGAACUGUUAGUGGGUUUCAGAGAAACAUCAGACCUCUUCAUAGGCAUGACGUGUUUUUUACAUGGACUUCAUCACCAUCAUAUAUGGACAUCAUAUUCCAUUCCAGCUCUGAUAAAUGUUUACUAAUUAAGGAACAUUAAUAAGCUAAGUCUGUUUGGACACUGUUUUACUGGUGAAUUAUGUUGUUUAACACACCAAUCCAAUUAGGGUACAGGAACAUGCCCCAUAAAUCGAACUACUCAAGGCCCAGUCUACAUCCGGUGUCCUGUCCGCCUCUUGACACCAUGACCCUGCUCACUGACCUCUCGACACUCCUUGGCAGCUAUUAUAUGUUCAGGGACCUCUGAAACACAGCAGUUAAAGAUACUGACUCAUCGAGCUAGGUACAAUUUCGGUGACCCAUGUUAGAUCUGUUUCAUUUCUGGGAGGAAAGCUGGAGUGUGGACACGGGACAUGCAGAAUUUAGCUUUAUGGGCUUGGAGGUGUCUCGUUGAAUAUAAUUUUUUGUUGUUGUUUCCAUUCUGUUUUAACGUGUCUUUUUGUUAUGUUGACGUUCUUUUUAAUGCUUUUUUUGGUUGUAUAUCUUUGUCUAAGAAUUUACAUUUGAUUAUUUACUUGUGUUAAAGAAGUACCAACUCAAUUACAUUGGCUUAUUGA